CUUUCGACGAUAUAAUUUAUAUAUAUAUAUACAUAUACAGAAUAAUAUUUUAUUAACGAUAAUAUAAUUAUUAAUGAAAGAAUAACUUAGUAAGAUACUUAGGAAUAUCGAAAUAUGUUUCAAUCGUUUUCUACAUACGUAUAUCAUUAAUAAUUAUUUCUAACGUUUUUCACGAACAUAUGGAUCAUAUUAACUGUUUUGCGUAAUUUUUAUAUACACGUAUAAAUCGUCUAUAAGAAUAUUGCGUAAUUAAACAAGACGCGCCAAAAUUUGAAUUGUUUCGCUAUUCAAGUAUUUAUAUAUCAUCGUUGGGCGCCAAAAGAGGCCAUGACGACAUACAAGAACACGUAGCUUAAUUUCUUCGAAUAUUUUGAAGAUUCUUCGCACGAGAGGAGAAACAGAGAGGUAGAAAUUCAUUUUAUUACUGUUAAAGUAGAAACUAUUUAAAUUCUAGAACGUAGAAACAUAUUAUUUGCGUAUUGAUUUGUUAUCGAUCGUACGUGAUAUACGAAAUAUAAAUCGCGUUAUCGAGCUUCUUUUGUUGAAUAACGUUAAACAAGGUAACGUUUGGAAAAAAGCGAGAAUGACCUUGGUAAGGUGACACGAGCUAUUACGAUCAAGUAAUAAAAGUAUCGGUGCUUAUAUUCUACGUCGCAGCAGAACGAUCUCACAUUUCAUGUAACUCGAUUUUGAGGUUAUGUCGUUGUUCUUUUGUUAUUUCAUUACGAUGGUAUCAAGUUUGGUACAGUGAUAUAACGUAAUUCUUCGUGUAUAUAUAAUCGUCUGAGUUAGGACACAUUUAGUUGCUCUCGUCCAUGGGAUUUAUCGAUGAUGAAUUGCACGAAGUAUCAAAACUUUGUCACAAUGUCGUCGAUAAUAGCCGCAUCAUUUCUUGUGUGCAGACUAUGGUUCGCGUCGAAAUAACGAAGACAGCGUUCAAGAAAAUCGUCGUGUGCAUUCAAUUUCCAGAAGAUUAUCCGUCCGUUCCACUUUUAAUUGAGCUUAAAAGUAAGACUUUGUCGGAGAGAUUACUUGCUAAAUUAACAGACGUUUGCGAAAAAGAGUGCAAAAAUUUGUUGGGAAAAGCUCAGGUAUUACCGACCUUGAAGUUAAUUCGUAAUUUCAUUGAAGAGAAUCCGCUCAUUUGUUGUUAUGAUGAGAUCUCAUCCAUAAAAAAGUUGCUUCAAGAGCAAGACGAGUUUAAAUUGAAACAGAAGAAUUCCAGCAUUGGACUAAGAAUUCAACAAGGAUUGUAUUAUUUUAAAGUUAAGAUAGAAGUACCGAACGAUUAUCCAGUUAAUUGCAUAAAUCUAGGAGACGCGGAGGCGAACUUUCCACCUGUACUUUCUCGUUAUUUUUUGGGCCAAGGUAAAGAAUUAGGUAGAAGAUGCGUGGAACCACCAUUGCAGACAGGAGCUCAGCAAAAAUCCUUUGCACCUUCUCCCUCUUUAGAAGUCGUCAUUUCCUUUCUUAUAAAAUCAGUGAAAACAUUGCCCACAGAAAAUUGUCAGUUGUGCAAGAUACCUUGUUUACCGGCGAAUCCAAAAGAAGUAGUAACAGACGAAAAAGCAAAUCUUCAUGUAGAAAGAUUAUAUUGCAGUCAUUUGUUUCACUUACAAUGCCUCCUAAAAUUCAUGAAGACACCGCCAUUCCAUGGGGGUAAGAAAUGUCCAACUUGCGGACAGCGCAUUUAUCAUGACAAAUGGGGUGUCAGUGAGAAGCUCGCAGAGGAUCGUUGGGCACACGAACAGGCGCGAGCUAGGGAAUUGGCAGAGGUAGCUGACUUUUUGGAGUGAAUCCUUUACUGAUGUGCACAAACUUGUGGUUUAUCUCUGUCCAUGGUAUAGCUAAGUGAACGUUAAUGAAAUCAAAAGUUUGAUACCUCGAUGUAUCGCUACUUUGAGGUUAUAGUAUUAAUGAAUUCUUGCCACUGAACAAUUUUGAUGCUACCGACCAGCAAUUAUUUUAUAUUUAAUACUAUAAGAGAUUAAAUAUAAGUGUUCACCGGCAGAUUCAUAAAUCGUGGUAAGUGCGAUACGAUGCGAUCGUUCUCACGUUGAUAACAUUUUUUUGAAAUUAUAAUUCGAUUCGUCAUUAGAAUGAUAUUUAUGAAUUGAUUUUAAUUUCUCUUGAUAAAAUUGCUGAUGAAUACAGAAAACACAUUUCGAUCGUUCGUUACAUGAUUUUUUAAUAUUUUUAUUUUUUUUUUAUUUUUUUUUUUCACAUAGAAAUACUUUAAAGCAUCAUGUGUUCGCCUGCAUAAGCUAGGACUUUGAUAUAUUCGUUAAUGAAGUAUCUGUUAAGAUAUUAUUUCAAGAAUGUAGGUUUUAUUCGUUAUUGCGACACAGUGUUUAUUUUUCCGAUGAAAAUGCUCUUGAACGAGAAAGUACCAUACUUUUUACAACUAACUAACUAAAUAAAUAAAUAAACAUGUAUUAAUAGAUUUAAGACACAUACGUGAAAUCGAUUAAAAAUCGAUGAUAUUACGUACAUGUAUUUAUAUCUUUCAGCAAAAAUAGGAAAGUUUAUAGCUUUAUAUAUAACUUUCUUUUUAAUCUAUAUACAUAUCAGAUAUUUUCUGAUAUUAUCUAUAUUUGGAAUACGAUACUGUAACGUCGAUAGGUAAUAGUGAAAGUAGGGUAAAAUGAGAUAAUAGAUUAAAAAUCUAUUUUGAGUACAUGCGAUAUAUAAAAUAAUUCGAGGUAGAUUCGAAAUUGGGCAGAUUUGUCGAAUUUAGAAUAUACAACGCAACAUACGUACAUAUAUACAUACAUGCAUGCAUGCAUACUUACUAUGAACUACACGUAUAUAUAUGUUUUCUUUGUCAUAUAUAGGAAGUAGCAUUUUUGCAUAAUAAAAAAAUGAGGAAGGUCAGGGAGAAGAGACCAAAGUAGAAAACAAUAGUGAGGAGCCUUUGUAUGUACAUAAGUAAAUACACACGUAUGACCGCAUACGUACUAUGUUUCUCUUCCGCAUGUAGAAACACGUGUAUAUCUCUUUGUGACCGUGGUUGUGACGUAUUGAUCCUCUGUACCGACUACGAUGAUCCUCUUUCUAUCUCUCUCUUCUUUCUUUCUCUUUCUCUCUUUCUCUUUCUCUCUCUCUCUUUCUCUCUCUUUCUCUUUCUCUUUCUCUUUCUCUCUCUCUCUUUCUUUCUUUCUUUCUUUCCCUUGUAAUAGCUUCGCGGCCUCGUUUGUACGUACAUACCCAUUUUUUUUUUUUUUCUAUAACUUCUUCAUUUCACUCUUUAUCUUUUUACACGUUUUAACACUUUCUUCAAAACAUUGAUAACUUUUUUAUUUUUUAUCCUUUUUUUUCAUUUAUUUUCUCUUUAAUCUUACUCUUUAAUAAAAAUUAUCAAUCAAAUUUAUCUUUCAUUAAAUAUUUUCAUAGGAAAUGUGAUUAAUGUUUUUUUAAAGAAAUGGGAGAUUGAGAGAGACGUAAAGAGAGAGAGAGAGAGAGAGAGAGAGAGAGAGAGAGAGAGAGAGAGAGAGAGAGAGAGAGAGAUAGGAGGAGAGAGAGAGAGUUAGAUAGAUAGAUGCAUCUAAAUUAUAAUUUAAUUCAAUCGCAGCUGCGACCAUAUAGUUCGAGCUUGUUUGUUCGCACGAGUAUGUGCUCUGCAUUAAACUUAGUCGUAGGAGACAGCUUGGCAGACUAAUUCCCGGUUAUCGAUUGUACGAAUACGUGGAAACGCACCGCCGUGUCGUACUUAGAGGGCGGACACACUAAACGGUAACAGAUCAAUAUGUUCUCCUCAAGAAAGAGAUAAGUACGCGAAAGUUGAACGAUACUUUUUCUUUUUUUCUGAUUUUCUUUUCUUUUUCCGUUUUUUUUCCGUCUUUUUUUUUUGUUUUCUUUUUUUUUUUGUUCGAAGAUAAAAUUCAAGCGAGAUCCAAACUUGGAUCAUUUGUAUAUAUUCUUAUCUGUAAAUUCAUAAUUAAUGCGUUUCUCGUUCGACGUUCCAAAUGUUGGAAUUCACGCAAGGCAAAGUGAAUUAUUUAUGAUAAAAAAUAAUAAUAAUGAUAAAAUGUACGUUUUACGUCUCGACUUAAUAAUCGUGUAGGUUUAAUAAUCUCGGGCGAAAAAAAAAUAAAAGAAAAUGUUCGAAGCGAGACGGUGUAAUUGCUUUUGCGAUUAUUUCUAUCGAUCUGCUUCCUUUUUUCGUCGAAAACGAAUGCUUAUCUCUUAUCUCGGCGUGAUAUCCAAUUAGAUACCGAGAAGGAAAUGAGGAAAGAAAAAAAAUAGAAAAAAAGAUAGACGGAAAGAAAGAGAGAGAAGAAAAAAAAACAAAAAUAAGAAGAAAGGAAAAAAAGAGAGAGAAAAUUCCACGUAUCGCGUGCAAUUUCAUUAUUGCAUCGGCAUUAUUAGUCCUUCGACCGUCGUGUUUGGUUUAGGGUCGAUUCCUGCCGGUAUAUUGUUUGACUGGUCACUGCCCAUGGGUUUUGUUGACGAUUGCUAGGGGACCCCUUACUCCCCCUCGAUCUCCUCGACGCACCUGGAGUCGUUCACACCGAUUUCUUUUUAGCUUGUGAGAGUUUCUUCCUUUUCAUGGAAAGUAAAUCCUUUGUUGAAAAAAACUAUACUUAUUAGAGAAAGAUUUUCGUUGAAAGUGAAUUAUACGUGUAUGUGUAUUCCAUAAAACGUGUGUGUGUAUUCCAUAAAACGUGUGUGUGUAUUCCAUAAAACGUAUGUGUGUAUUCCAUAAAACGUGUGUGUGUAUUCCUUAAAACGAACUUGUAAUUUUAAUUCAUCCGUGUAUAUACACACACACACAUAUAUAUUGAACAUAAAUGAUAAGUGUCUUCAAAGAAAUGUGUAAAAAAAAAUGUUCGUCGAUCAAUCAAUAGUAUAAAUAUCAAAGGAUUAAUCAAUAUGAAAUCGAUUAACUCUUCUGUUAACAGUUUUCGAGGAUCAUAUUGAGAAUAGGAUUUCUUGAUAAGAUGGAUGGUUUGAUUGAGAGAAAAGAAUUCAGUAGGUACUUGUACGCAUUCUUGAGGAUUAACUAUGCAACUGGGAUAUCCUUGCAUCUCGAUAAGCAAACCUUAAGCCCGAUGGGCGAACGGUAUUAGAGAGAGAGAAAGAGAGAGAGAUAGAUACGUAGAUACAUAGAUAGAUAGAUAAAUAGAUAGGUAGAUAGAUAGAUAGAUAGAUAGAUAGAUAGAUAGAUAGAUAGAUAGAUAGAUAGAUAGAUAGAUAGAUAGAUAGAUAGAGAGAGAGAGAGAGAAGAGAUACACCUAUAAUUGCACGUAGGGCAGCUUCGUCGUAACGCUUCAUGGAUCAAUAGCUGGGAAAUGGCCGGAAGCCAAGUCCGACGAUGUCGUUUCGAGUUUUGCCGUUGUCAUCGUACGGGACCUAAACCCCUUCUUCGUCGUGUCCCACUUGUGUUAUCAACCUUACACGCAUCUUUUUCCUUCAUCCUUUUAUUUUUCUUCCAUUUCUUAUUUUCCCUCUUUAUCUUUCUACUUUUAUUUGUAGUAACGCAGGAGUUCACGAGUCUCGAGCCCUUCGCAGUUUUAUCGUUACGAUCGACCGGUCCUUAACGGACUGUUUUAACGGGGAGAGGGAGGGGGAAACAGAGAGAGAGAGAGAGAAAGAGAAAGAGAGUAUCUAACGAGUACUUCGAAAGCAAGUUGAAAAUAUCGAUCGUAACCCUUUCACUGUCACGCCCCGAUUAUCCUACCCGAGACUCCUCGAUGUCUGCGAUUUUCGAUAUUUUCUUUUGUCUCGGUGGUUACACUUCUCUCUCGGGAGUAAUCAGUCUCGAUAGCUUUGGUAAAACAUUUUCAGAUGAUUUUUUUUACACACGUGUGUGUGUGUGUAUGUAUCUAUCUAUCUGUCUAUGUAUGUAUGUAUGUAUGAAUGUAUGUAUGGAUCGACGUAUGUACGUACGUAUUAAAAUACAUAUAUUAAAAUACGAUGAAUGAUUUAAUCCAAUCUUAACAUAUUGACUAUCAAUGAAAAAUUUUAUUAAAAUUCUUUCUCGACGGAAACAUUAAAGAAUUUUCGAUCGAUCGAACGAAGAAAGAGGAAACUCAUCGGUUGGAUAAUUUGUUAAAUAAUCGAACGAUCGUACAUCCCAACGAUAUCAAAGUUUUUUCAUCUGCUUCUCGUAGAAAUUUUCUGUGUGUGUUAUACACAUAUAUAUAUAUAUAUAUACAUACAUACAUAUAUACAUACAUACAUAUAUAUGUACAUAUAUAUGCGUAUUACGAAGGAUCGGCGGCUUCGUAGUACGAUUCGUGGUACGCAGCAUGCGCACCGCGGGACGCCAUUUAUCCGAGGAUCUCUAAAUACCCCUGAGGGUCGCUAUCAAAGCACCCUCCUGGCGAGUAUUGCGGAAUCGUCGUAUAAAGGAUCGCCGAUCCGAUGGCAUGGAUCGGAUAUUGUUUGCAUUUCCCUUUUCUUACUUUGCUUCACCUCUCAGGAACGAUGUGAUUCAUUUCUGUUCGAUUUCAAUCUUGCUUUUUGUGCGGUGAGGUAAGGGAAGGAUGUGAUGUAUCUUUGUGAUAAAAUAAUAUUACCUAUUUGUUAAUAGAAAUUUGUUAUUGUUGUGUUUUUUUAUCUUCGAAGAUUAUCGUGGAAAAACUUGAAGAUUGAUUUUUCUUCUAUCGAAUAUUUUUCACUCGAUGUAAUAAUAUAAAUAAUAAUAAUAAGAAUAAUAAUAAAAAUGAAAAAAAUAAUAAUAA